AUGUGCUGCAAAACCGGCCGGGCAGUCACACUGCUGCCUGAGGACCUCCACUCGGACGACGGCGGCUCGACCUCGGACGCGGCCGACUGCGCAGCCGGCUGGGACGAGGGCGGCCCAGUGUGGACCGGCCAGUACUGCCGGGCCGGCCAGCUGGCCCGGCUGGUGUCCGGGCAGCGACUUCAGCUGGAGCCAGAGGUGCGCCGUGUCACGAACAUCGGCCGACUGAGGCUGACCCAGCUGGUGUGUGGGAUGCUGAACACGGGCGAGGGCGGGUCCGUCUACUACGGCGUCACCAGGGAAGGCCGCAUCAGCGGGCUACAGGUGGACCGCCGCAGUCGCGACUGUCUCCGGCUCGGUCUGGACAAGACACUGAGUGAUCGCCUGGUGCCGCCGCCGCCGCCCGACUGUUGCCGGCUGGAGUUUGUACCCGUACUGGGCCGCCGCCAGCCGCUGACCGAGUACCGGCCGGCCGAGCACAGCCUGUUCGUGGUAGCCGUCCACUGCCGGCCGGCCCCGCGGGAGGUGUUCGUGGUGCGAGACACUGGUGCCGCCUACCUGCGUGGCCCGGGCCCGGAUGGUCGCGCGGCCAACCUCGAGCUCACCAUUCCGCAACUGCGUCACCUGGUGGCGGAGCGCGAGAUGGCGCUGGCGUCGCGCCGGGAGACGGCGCUGCGGUCGGCCGCCGACUGUCUCCGCCGAAUGGCCAGCCGCGCCGCGCCCAGUUGCGAUGUUUGUGGCGGACUGCUGCCGGCGCCAAAGCAGGCGGAACAGCCGCGGCCUGCUGCCGACCCCGUCAGACGCUGGCCGUGUGAUUCGGACUCGUCCGGCCUGGAGAUGGGCUGACGACGGAGAGCUGCUGGCCCGAGUCGUUGCGAGGUCUGGCGGGGAUUUGGUCCCCGUAGGAUCCUCCGAUCCGAUGGAGCUGGAGGAGGAGUGAUGGAGCUCCGAUCCGAUCCGCGCUGGCCUCCUUUGCGCGCGAGAUGGCGUUCGAUGUGGUCGGCUCCAUCGUUGCGGUCAAUCAAGGCUACAGUUUUCCGAUGUGUUUGUUAACCCAGAGCUUAUAUUUUCCCCCCAUUGGGGAGGGGCAGAAUCUGCCUCCGGGCGGAUAUGUUUGCUAGCAAAAAAUAAAUGAAGAUAUCCGCCCUGGACUUUCUGCGCUCUUUUCCCAAUCAGUUCUACGCACUUCUUCCAUCUAGAUGCAUUUUUGUGCUAAGGUUGGGAGGCACUGACGUUUUGGUUACGUAACUGCAGUAAUAAUACGAUAAACAUUGUUACACGAUGCAUGCAACUAUUGUCUUGCAUUGUGGAAUACUGAGCCCACAAAUCAUUUUUUGGAAGAAUUAAGCAAAAUUUGUGUUACCUUGGCAUAUUUAAGGCCUAACAACCGCAUUCCAUAUAAAGUAGACCAUGAGUAUGCACCCGCGUAGUAGCAGGCGGCGGUGGCAGCGGCUGAACGGUUCACCACGCCGCCGGCCGCCGACAGGCGACGGAACCAUGCCAGCAUACUUUUCAAACAAUGUGAUUCAUUAAUUUCUCGUCCUGACAGUAUGUUAUUUAUUGAUCUACAGAAACACCGUUGUGCUUUCUGAAGGCCGCUUUGACUACAUUGGUAGUGAAGGAAACAAAAUGCGCGGUUAAACCCAUCACACAUUCGCACCUUUCUUGCAUGAGCGAUGUCUCCUUCCCCAUAAAACGCAUACCACCACACUUCACUCGUCGGCCUUGUCCUUCAGAAACGGGUCGUCAAUUUCGGUCAAUAGCGCGACAUAUUUGACAUCCGGUUUCGUUGUAUUGAUAUGUAUGUUUCGGUGCGUUGUUAAUAAUUUAAGUAGUUAAAAAACGUACUAAAAUGAAUCCACGGUGGCCCACGUACUCGACGCUACAUAUACGCUCCUAUCAAUGUUAUCAAUACAUUUGUAGGAUCUGGCCGCGUUCCCGCUCUAUGGUCGCGCUUAAUAACAUUCGUGUGCGACUUUUCCCGCUGAAAUAAUAUGCUUGAUACAUAUGCUUGCAUAAGCAAGAAAGGCCUCCAGCACCUAGUUUCCGAGGCAUCAUGAGCUAGACUUUUUGUGCUGAGUUACCAACCUUCAAUACCUCAGCAAGCACUGGUUUAGCUACGUUAUGGAGCAAACAUGGGUCAUGUCGACAGUACUCUGCAUUUCAAGCUGUGAGCACAAGGAAUGGUAAUGAAUGCAGCUCUGCAUUUCAAGCUGUGAGCACAAGGAAUGGUAAUGAAUGAGGGAAUUAGGCAAGGGAAUGGGGAGUGAAGCAAGGGAAUGAAGCAAGGGAAUCUGCAUUAUAGAGCACAUCAUGAUAACGUACUAAGAUGGAACUUCGGCAAACGUCUCACCAAAAAGACCGAGUGUGUUGACAACCAGCGAAUAAAUGUGACAUCCUCGGGCGCUUAUUCCCAAAAGAGACAUUGCUUUUUGUCCGUAAUGCUCUGCCUUUUGGUAGACUUUUUGGUCUGUAAUAUCCUGUUUAAAAUCGAACAAAGCAGCCAUCGUUUUCGGUUGUUGGAAGUGCCAGCCCGCGCCUGCUUGUGCUCUCCCAUUGAUAUAUUGUACCAGGCCGCAGCUUAGUAUCCCAUUUGCCGGUUCUUUUUACCUUUUUACUUGUCUUGCACUGAAUUGUUAAUUUGCAAACUUGGAAGAUUGCUCUGCCGCGAUAACUGUCCCAAAGCUCCGUCCGCCGAUCUCUAGAAAGGGCUCGCUUUAAGUGAGUGUUGGGCUUAUUACCCUGGCUGCAGCAUGUGUUAUGGCAUUCAGA